UGUGUAUGCUACUCUGAAGUCCUUCGGUGAAAGAUGCUGGAAGUAUAAAAAUCUAUAUGCUAAAGAUGCCGAAUCGCAGCAGAGAGGUGGCUCUAACCAAGAGAGCUGAUCCAGCUGAGUUGAAAACAAUAUUUCUGAAGUAUGCAAGUGUGGAGAAGAAUGGCGAAUUCUUCAUGUCUCCUAAUGACUUUGUCACACGGUACCUGAAGAUAAUUGGAGAUGGUUUGCCUAAUUCAAGCACGGUACAGCUCCUUGCAGGUGUGGUGGAUCAAACAAAGGAUGGGUUGAUAUCCUUUCAAGAGUUUGUGGCAUUUGAAUCAGUCCUGUGUGCUCCAGAUGCAUUGUUCAUAGUAGCCUUUCAGCUGUUUGACAAGACUGGCAAAGGAGAAGUUACUUUUGAGGAUGCUAAGCAAGUUUUUGGCCAGACCACGAUUCAUCAGCACAUUCCUUUUAACUGGAAUUCAGAGUUCGUACAGCUGCAUUUUGGAAAGGACAGAAAAAGGCACCUAACAUAUGCGGAGUUCACCCAGUUUUUACUGGAGAUACAGUUAGAACAUGCAAAACAAGCUUUUGUACAGAGAGACAAUGCUCAGGCUGGAAGAGUCACGGCUAUGGACUUCAGGGACAUUAUGGUCACUAUCCGGCCACACAUGCUGACACCAUUUGUAGAAGAAUGCCUUGUAGCUGCUGCUGGAGGUACCACUUCCCAUCAGGUCAGCUUUUCCUAUUUUAAUGGAUUUAAUUCUCUCCUUAACAACAUGGAGCUCAUUAGAAAGAUCUACAGUACUCUGGCUGGAAAUAGAAAAGAUGUGGAAGUCACUAAGGAGGAGUUUGUUCUGGCAGCUCAGAAAUUUGGUCAGGUUACACCUAUGGAAGUUGACAUCUUGUUUCAGUUAGCAGAUCUAUAUGAGCCACGGGGGCGCAUGACGUUAGCUGAUAUUGAAAGAAUUGCUCCUCUGGAGGAAGGGACAUUGCCCUACAACCUGGCUGAGGCUCAGAGGCAGAAAGCUCCAGGCGAUGUGUCUCGACCUAUUCUCAUCCAAAUUGCAGAAUCAGCGUACAGGUUUGCCCUUGGUUCAGUUGCUGGAGCUGUUGGAGCCACUGCAGUCUACCCAAUUGAUUUGGUAAAAACUCGAAUGCAAAACCAGCGCUCUACAGGCUCUUUUGUGGGAGAGCUUAUGUAUAAAAACAGCUUUGAUUGCUUCAAGAAAGUGCUACGUUAUGAAGGUUUCUUUGGGCUUUAUAGAGGUCUGUUACCGCAGCUGUUAGGAGUAGCACCAGAGAAGGCCAUAAAACUUACUGUUAAUGAUUUUGUGAGAGAUAAGUUUAUGGCUAAAGAUGGCUCUGUCCCACUGGCUGCAGAAAUUCUUGCUGGUGGCUGUGCUGGAGGUUCUCAAGUGAUCUUUACCAAUCCGCUGGAAAUUGUCAAGAUUCGAUUACAAGUGGCUGGAGAAAUUACUACUGGUCCACGAGUUAGUGCCCUCACGGUAUUACGGGACUUAGGCUUCUUUGGUCUCUACAAGGGUGCCAAGGCAUGUUUUUUGCGUGACAUCCCCUUCUCUGCCAUUUACUUCCCCUGUUAUGCUCAUUUGAAAGCUUCAUUUGCAAAUGAAGAUGGGAGGGUUAGCCCUGGAAAUCUGCUCAUGGCUGGAUCAAUAGCUGGCAUGCCUGCAGCCUCCCUGGUGACCCCUGCGGAUGUCAUCAAAACAAGGCUACAGGUGGCAGCCCGGGCAGGACAGACCACCUACAGCGGGGUCGUGGACUGUUUUGCAAAGAUCCUUCGAGAGGAAGGUCCGAAGGCUCUGUGGAAAGGAGCAGGAGCUCGUGUGUUUCGAUCUUCUCCUCAGUUUGGUGUAACUCUGGUGACUUAUGAGCUACUGCAGAGGUGGUUUUAUGUGGACUUCGGGGGAGUAAAACCAGCUGGAUCAGAGCCAGUUCCUAAAUCUAGGAUCACGCUUCCUGCUCCUAACCCUGACCAUGUUGGUGGUUAUAAAUUAGCAGUUGCCACUUUUGCAGGGAUUGAAAACAAGUUUGGACUUUACCUACCUCGGUUUAAGCCAUCGCCACCUACCUCAAAGGCUGCUGCAGCAGCAGGACCCUAAGUUUAUUGCUGUAGGUUUUUUGUUAUUAGUUGGGAAAGAGCCACUUUUCUAAUUGGUUAAUAUUUUGUUCCUGUAGCUUCUCAUCAUAUACAGUUUAGCUUCAUUUGAGUUUAAAAGCAAUUUUCAUCCUAAAUGUAAUCAUUUGUCUUCGUGCUUCCUUAACCAGAUCACUGUGAAAUUCUUACCAGUUGUUUUAAGUUUGGGACCAUGAAUGUAUUUGUCCACAUCUGACAUGUGCUUGUGUUGGGAAGACACUAAUUUUAGGUUCCGUUUAUUGGGGAGGGCUGGGUGAGAGCUGUGAACCAGAUCAUCUUACAGGCAAUGCUCGGGUUGCAGAUUACCAGGGUGGAUGUCGCACAUCGUCACUCAGAUGGAAAAACUCAGUGGAUAUCACGGUGCUCAAAGCGGAAUGAUUUUGACUGUACAUGUAAAUUGGUUAUAAACUUAGUGCGUGUCUGUAGAGGUCAGCAAAUACAUACCCGGUACCUAAGUAUGCCAGUACAGCUUCAACUUCUAAAAUAUGUACACGCACAAGUCCUGUUUCUGGAUUGUAUUAAGAAGCUUUUAUGUGGAACAUGUUUUUGUAAUGGAAACCACAUUUAUAAAUGUUUAGCAGUUGUAUUAUGUUACUGGUAUCAAAAUGCUCAAAAGAAAGUGUUAUUGUCCAUAGUCUUUGCACUUUAUGGCAGAACUUUUGGCAUUCUACUACACAUACAAGGAAAUUUCAUAACUAGGUGCCUAUCUUGGGUUGCUGGUGUUUGGAAUUCAGUUUGUAUAUGCACUUCUAUAGUAAAACGCUGCUUGUUUAAAUAACUGCAAUAGAAGAUUCAUGCACUGUAUCAAUGGUACCUGCCUUAACUGCUGGCUUGUAAUUGGCAAAUAGGUGGUUUCAGAUUCUUAUUUACUUCAUUGAGUCAAAAGAGAUUAAAAUACUCUAAAAGAAAAGAUUUUACUUAAUUUUUUGGUGCCUUGCACAGUGUUUAGAAAAUGAUGUAUUUAUGAAGAUAGAAAUAAACAUUUCAAACAGA